AUGGGUCCAAUCGAGAAGCUUGAAGAGCAGAAGUCACCAUUCAUAGUAUUUGGAUACGGCUCCCUGAUCUUCAAACCUCCCCCGCAUGUCAUUUCGGAAGUUCCCGGAUUCCUGAAGGGCUAUGUACGACGCUUUGCCCAAGCAUCGCAUGAUCACCGAGGCACGCCAGAGAAUCCAGGACGCGUCGUCACACUCAUACACAAGGAAGAGUGGGAUUCAUUUUCUGCCGCGGACGCCUUCCCCGACGACGACGUCGUAUGGGGUAUAGCGUACGAGAUUGACCCCCAGUACGAAGCGGAAGUUAGAGACUAUCUUGAUUAUCGGGAGAAGGAUGGAUACACGAUGGAGAAGAUCGACAUCUACGGCUACGAACACGGCGAAGAGAAAGUCGUCAUCCACGGGGCAUAUUGCUACGUCGGGAAAUCUGACAAUCCAUCUUUCAUCGGCUCCGAGCCCAUUGACCAGCUCUCCGAAAUAAUCUGGCGUUCAGUCGGCCCCUCGGGCCCAAACAAGGAGUACGUGUACCGCCUAGCAGAGGCAGUACGAUCGCUGGCACCUGAGUCGCACGACUCGCAUUUGUUCGCCCUUGAGACUCGCCUGAAGGAGCUAGACGCAGAGCGACUGGGUAUCCCGUCAGAGGUAGUUCCGCACCCGCCAAUCCCCGCGCGAAAGCCUGCAGAACACCCGGUAGCAUCCAACGGCGGAACUGAAGCAGCCGCCCCAGACGAUGACGGAGGGCUGACAAGACACUGA